AGGAGAGCUCAGAGUCAGAACUGAAAGUAUGAGCACAACAUGGAUCAGGUUUGGCUGCUCCUGUGGUUUUUGCUGUCUGAAGUUUCAGGAUCAGAGAUCAUUGCUCGUGGCGACCAAACAGCUGGUUUUGGUGAUGACGUGCAUUAUAUGUGUGUACUGCCAAACCCUACAGGUGUUCUGCAGGUGACAUGGCAGAGACUGUUUAAUGACGCCACCAUCGAGAACUUAGCAGCCUACAGCACACGGUUUGGACAACAAGUAAACAACCCUUACCAAAAUAAAGUGAUCUUCACAGAAGCAUCAUUGAACUCAACAUCCAUCACUGUGAAGAACGUGACAUGGGCAGACGAAAGCUGUUACGUUUGUUCUUUCAACGUAUAUCCUGAUGGCUCGAAAAAGAAGCACAUUUGUCUCCAGGUGCAAGGUAUAUCCAGCAUAAAAACAGAUGUGCAGAAGGUUCUCGGCUCUAGAAAUGAAGACGGUGUGAAAGCUGUGUUGAGCUGCUCUGCUUCAGGCAAACCGGCCCCAACUAUUAAGUGGAACUUUCCACCUCACACCUCUUCAGACGGACUGCAGACCAUCACAGUACAGAACAAAGACCAUGUGUUUACCAGCACCAGUAAUGUCACUGUGCAUGUGUCCUCAAACUGGUACGGACAUGUCGAGUGUCUCAUCAACAGCGGAAUGAGGGGACAGAAACAGCAGCGGCUCAUCCUGCCCUGGCAUGAAGAUAACAACAAAGAGGGAACAAUACCUUCUGCACUUGUGUUCACAGUUAUUGCUGUUGGGAUUAUAUGCAUUAUCAUCAUUACUGCUGUUCUUGUGAGGAAAAAAUGGUUUCAGAAAAACAGAUCAGUUGUUUGACGCUUCUGAGCAGCGCUCUGACAUCCACGUUUAACCAUACCCACGGUGGCUGUAUGUUUUUAUGACUUGUAUCUUUAUACCAGUGAGUUAAGCUAAAAGGAUCCUGUGCAAAAAUCUUAUGCAACUGUAGCAAGGUGAAGUCCAGACUGAGAAUAUGUUCCUGCUAACUUGCCUAGCAGGAACAUAUUUUCAGUCUGGACAAAGAUAGGUCCUUCGGUCACAAACGCUUGUGACCGGAGGACCUAUCAUUGUGGCCAGGGUGGCGGUGGGAUUUUUGUGACCAGGUGACUUAUGUUUGUGGCCCAGAUGACGAUUGGAUUCGAACACCAGACUCCUUGAACUGAAGACCAAAACUCUACCAAGUCAGCCAAAGCGGAAUUCCCUGCUAGCCAAACUAGCAGGAAGAUAUUUUCAAUCUGGACUUAACCUUGCUACACAACAUUUUAGAUAAAGCAAAAAUGCUGCUAGAAAAUGUAGAUCUUCUGAAUAUAAAUUAAUUUAGAGUGCUGAGAAUUAAAGACUAAGCUCAUCACAUUUGUCUGUCUGUAUGUGGCCCUGCGAUAGACUGGCGUCCUGUCCAGGGUGUACCCCGCCUCUCACCCUAUGACUGCUGGAAUAGGCUCCAGCCCCACCCCCCGUGUCCCUUGAGUGGAGUAAGUGGGUAUAGAAAAUGAAUGCAUGAACAGCGCUGUUAAUUUGUGUAAUAUUUCAGUUUAAUAUAACAGAUAUAAAUCUUUGUAACAUUCUACUUUUCCUAAAAGUAAUGUUUGUAAUUUUCCUUUUUGACCUUUCAUUGAUACCCCAAAAGACUUUUGCACAGUACUCAGACUUGUCCUUUGAGAUUUCAUUUGGAUAGUAUUUUUUUUUAGCACUUUAUGCUUCUUCUAUAGUUUUAAAUAUUGUUGCACAUAAAGAAAUAUAUAUAGGAAAUAUGAAAUGCAUGAAUAAUAUUAUUUGUGGUUUUAUCAAGGUAUAAUGAACAGCUGGUUGCAUAAAUCAGCAGGUUAUUAUGUAGUGUUCUUUUAGUUUGUGCUUGUGCAAAGAAUUGAUAUUUUAAUGGAUACACACCGAUAAAAAGAGAAUUGUGAGACCAUUUUAAAAAAUGUGUCAGCUGUUUAUUUGUACAAACUUGUUGAAAGGGAACUCUGACCCUCCUAUUUUUAGAUGUUUCAGGGUUAAAUUUUUUUCAUUUGGGACUAAAAAUUUAACUGGUUCCAUAUUGAUUUAGAAUGCAAGCACCAUCUUAGGCAAACCAGCUCCACAAUGUUAGUGUAUGGGGCAAGCUAAAAACACUCAGAGUAAACUGGUCUGGUCAUCAUGAACAGGUGAACAUGUCAUUCGAAGUGUCUGGGAGCAGGGAGAGGAUCUCUAUGGAGAUAAACAUGCACGGCCGAGUAUAUAGUUAGCUGCUUACCUUAGCCUCCAGUUAAUUCAGCAACAGUGUUCCCAACAGAGUUAUUGCAAGUCAUUUGCCAGUGAGAGGCUAAGGUAAGCGGCUAACUGUAUAAUCAAUCAGUCAUUUUCAAAAGUUAUUUAUUUAUUUAUAUUAAUGAAGUAAACAUGUACAUCUGUAUGAUCCUCUCUGUGCUACCAGACAUGUCUAAUGACACUCUGUGACAAGAAACAAUCUUUACUCUGAGUGUUUUUAGCUUGCCCAUACAAACCACCAGAGGCAUCAUCAGAUGCAGGAGCAAGGCUGCCAGCAUCAUGACAGACCCCUCCCACCCAGCACAUGGACUGUUGGCUCUCUCCCCUCAGGUAUCAGGCUGUGCAGUAUCAGAACUAGGACCACCAGGCUGAAGAACAGCUUCUUCCCUGAUGCUUUUCGGCUCAUAAACUUUGACAGGAUACCUGCUCACUGCAAUAUCUGUCCUGUCUCUCAAGACCUGUGCACUUGACACUUUAUAUCUUACUGCACCUUAUGUGUGCAUGUGUGCAAUUUCAUCUUUUUGCUGCUAUCAGGUUUAAAUGUCAGUAUGCGUAUGUGUGGAGGGGCGGAUACAGGGUUCAUGAAAAGGUGUGGGUGUAUGGGGGAUGCAUGCGCCCUGGGUUUUUUGGUCUAUGAAAAGGGGGUGUGCACCCCCCCAUGCCCCACCUCCCCUUUCCAGCUCUUGAUUGCCUUAGAAUAUCUGAUAGAGUUAAUUGUCUGGGACUGGAACAGGGAGAGUUAGAAAACAUGCAGAGCAGGUCAUCUCCAGGAACAAGGGUUGGUGACCCCUGCAGCAAGGUUAGCAAGGUUGUUCACCUUUUUUAGCCCAAGCCAGUUCAAAUGUUUUCUGUUUCUGUUCCAUGACAUCCUUGUCAUAGCAUCACAUUCAAGAUUAUAUGAGUUCAAAUGAAUAAAAAAACAGGUUAUCUUUUCUUCGUGACUGCAUUUUGUUUAGUUUUUUAAGCAGGGACGAGUGGAUGUGUCUGCAUGCUUUUUUUUUUUUUCUUUUCCUUUUGGGACCUCAGUACUUUUGUUCCUUCUCGUGUAUCACAUGUUUUUGGAAUGACAAUUAAAAUCCUUGAACAACAUUAUGUUGCUGGUUACCCUGACAGUGGUAGCAUUCUAAAUUAAUAUUGCAUGGAUUAAAUUCAUUUUUGUUCAAAGUGAAAAGACGACUCUCCCACCUCAAAACAUUGAAAUAAAGAACUUAAUUUGAAAAAUAGUGGAGUUUCCCUUAAACUUAAUUUCGACAAACAAUUUGUGUUACCAAUUCAAGCAGCUUCUUUAGGUUGUUUUUUUUUUGGGGGGGGGGGGCAGCAGCAGAAGGAGAGAUUUCUUUUUCUUGCUCUUGGAUGGAACUCAAAAAUGUGAGCGGAGGUGUUGAUGAAGCAUAGAGACUUGGAGCUCCUUGAAAAUGUCAAAUUGAGCAGUAGGAGGAGCACGCUUCAGCGUAAUGAUGGCCACAUGAGGCCUCAUGAAGUAUUUGCUGUGUUUUUUUAAGGGUUCAAAGCAAUUUGCACUUCAGUUUGCUUUACUUUAAAACAUACUGCCAUGUAGUGGGCUCAGA